AUGAAAGCGGAGGCUGGCACGUCCGAGUCGCGCGUCGGCACGCUUGAGGCUUUCCCGUCCCGCGUGGCGUACUUUUACGACCAUGACGUCGGCAACUACUAUUACGCUUUGGGACAUCCAAUGAAACCCCAUAGAAUGCGAAUGGUUCACGAGCUUCUUAUUGCUUACGGAGUUCACGAGAAACUGCAGGUACUGCAACCGCCUCGCGCAACGGAGCGAGAUCUGACGCGCUUCCACUCCGACGAGUACAUCGAGUUCUUGCGGCGCAUCACCCCGGAAACCGCACAGAAGCAGCUGGACCAAUUGCAGAGGUUUGGCUUGUUUGAGGAUUCCCCCUGUUUUGAUGACAUCUAUCGCUUUUGCCAGAUAAGCGCCGGCGGCUCCCUAGCUGGUGCUGCCCGCCUGAACCGCGGUUUCUGCGACGUGGCUAUCAACUGGUCAGGCGGACUGCAUCACGCGAAGAAAAGUGAAGCUUCCGGUUUCUGUUACGUCAAUGACUGCGUGCUGGCGAUUUUAGAGUUGCUCAAGCAUCACGCCCGCGUUCUAUACUGUGACAUCGACGUACAUCAUGGCGACGGCGUCGAGGAGGCGUUCUACACGACCAACCGGGUGAUGACGUGCUCUUUCCACAAAUUCGGGAACUUUUUUCCUGGUACCGGCGAUGUGCGAGACAUUGGAUACGGCCCUGGAAGACACUACGCACUCAAUUUCCCAUUGCAGGACGGUAUCGACGAUGUCUGCUAUCGCGAAAUCUUUGCUCCGAUCAUGUCCAGAGUGAUGGAAUGGUAUCAGCCGACCGCAGUCGUGCUCCAAUGCGGGGCCGACUCCCUCAGUGGCGAUCGUCUGGGUUGCUUCAACCUGUCGCUGGACGGACACGCGCAGUGCGUACGUUUCUUCCAACGCUACGGCGUCCAGUUGAUGCUGCUGGGUGGCGGCGGCUAUACCAUUCGCAACGUGGCGCGAUGUUGGGCGUAUGAAACGGCGCUCGCAGCCGGUGUCGUUCUCGAUGACAUGAUACCCUACAACCCAUACUAUGAGUACUAUGGACCGGAUUUUCGAUUGCGAAUUCGACCAAGCAAUAUGGAGAACCUGAACACGCCGAGUUACUUGCAUCGAAUGAUGGUGCAGUUGCUCGAAAGUUUGCGAUCGCUUCCGCACACACCAAGCGUUCCCUUCCAUUCGGUCCCGGCCGACGUCAUCAGCGAUCCGUUGCUGCGAAAGUUCUCAGCUCCGGUACCUCUCAGCGAUGACGAGCAUUCCGUCUGCAGUUCAGACUGGGAUGAUUAG